AUGGCAAUGACGAAUUCCCAUAACUCCACCGCCAAUCUUCUUCCGGACUUUUCCUCAGACGCUAAUCACUCUCAUCAGGUGCCCACUAGCUGCCAAAUCAACAAUGAAGAAGAUGAAUCGCUUCACAACAAGAACAAAAAGUGUUCUGAACCAAAAGAAAUGUCUGAACAAGAAGAUGAUUCUAAUUACAAGACAGGACUCCAUUGCCAUCAGGACCACCACCAGGGGAGGAUGAGUUUGACAUCUCUAGUGGCGGUGGAGCCUCCUUCCUCUGAAGAUCCUCCCACUAGGAGAACCAUUGAUCUUGGCCAUGGAAGUGACCUCAUCUACAUACAAAGGUUCCUUCCAUUUCAAAAGUCUUGGACUUUCUUUGAUUAUCUCGACAAACAUAUUCCUUGGACCAGACCCACCAUCCGUGUCUUUGGUCGUUCUUGCCUCCAGCCUAGAGAUACAUGUUACGUUUCUAGUAGCGGAUUGACUCCACUCGUGUACAGUGGAUAUCGACCUGAUGCCUAUUCAUGGGAUGAGUUCCCACCUCUCAAGGAGAUCCUAGAUGCUAUUCACAAAGCGCUUCCUGGAAGCAGAUUCAACAGCUUGCUUUUGAAUAGGUACAAAGGCGCAAAUGACUAUGUUGGUUGGCACGCAGAUGAUGAAAAGCUUUACGGUCCAACUCCUGAAAUUGCGUCCGUCUCAUUUGGAUGCGAACGUGACUUUGUGUUGAAGAAAAAGAAACUUGAAGACUCUUCUCUUAUUGAGAAAAGAGGAGAUGGUGGACCAGCGAAGAAGAGGUUGAAGAGAAGCAGCAGAGAGGAGGAUCAACAGAGGUUUACACUGAAGCAUGGAUCGUUGCUGGUGAUGAGGGGAUACACGCAAAGGGACUGGAUUCAUUCUGUGCCAAAGCGUGUUAAAGCAGAGGGCACUCGUAUCAACCUCACCUUUAGGCUUGUUUUGUAA